AUGAAGUUCCUGAAGCCGUGGUGGUCCGACGGCGGCGGCCUCCUGCACCUCACCGUCCUGCUGGGCUUGGCGGGGCUCCACCGGGACCCGGGCCGGGACCGGGACCGGGGCCGGGACCUCUACCCGCUGCGGGAUGAGCUGCUGCUCUGGGGCCGGCCGAGCCCCGCCUCCGCGCCCAGCCCCUUCCCGGCCCCCGGAGGCUGGGGGCGCGCGGACCCCCCGCACCCCAAGGGGCGGGAGCCGGAGCCCGCGGGCCGGCUGCUGCGGGCGGUGCGCGCGCUGGGCGCCCCGUUCAUCCCCCGCACCCGCGUGGACGCGUGGCUGGUGCACGGCGUGGCGGCCGGCGACCCCGACGGGGCGCACGGGCUGCUCGGCGCCGCCGCGGCCUCGGCGGCCGGAGGAGUGGGCGCCGGCGCGGACGGCGGCAGCCAGGCUGCGCUGGGGGGCGGCGGGGACCCCCGCGCGGCCCCGAGCAGCCCCCUGGCCGCCGGGGAGGAGGAGGCGGCGCCCGCGGAGCCCACGGCGCGGGUGCCGGACGCCGGCGGACGCGCCAGCCAGGAGAAUGGGGCGUUAAGAGCUACAGGUCACAGUUCUCAGCAGGAGGAAAAGGAGCAAGGCGUGUCAGCCCAGGAUAACUCGCUGCAGCAGCAGGAUGAAGGUGAAGCUGAAGCAGCAGACGCCCCCGAAUCCAGGAAUGAGAGGUAUAUAAAUGGGACGGACACCUCUCUCUCUCUGGAAGACUUACUUCAGUUGCUUUCAUCACAGCCUGAAAAUUCACUGGAGGGCAUCUCCCUGGGAGAUAUUCCCCUUCUCCCAGGAAGUAUCAAUGAUGGGCUGAAUUCUUCAGCAUAUUACAAUGUGAAUUUUAGCCAGGCUAUAAGUCACGAUGUCAACCUCCAUGAGGCCAUGUUACUGUGUCCCGACAAUGCGUUUAGAAGAGACCCGGCAGGAAGGACUUCACAGUCACAGGAACCGUUUCUCCAGUUACAUUCUCACACCACCAAUCCUCCACAGCUCCUCCCUGGAACUAAUUUAACAGCAUUUCUUCCACCUGUUGACCAUCAGACAAGGAGUGUAACAAGCCAUGACCUUCUCUGUGACCUUGAUAUAAAUAUAUUUGAUGAGAUAAAUUCAAUGUCUUUGGUGACAGAUUUUAAUCCAAUGGAAGUUUCUCCCCUUUUUGGAGAACCCGAUUCCGAUUCUGGACUUUCCUUAAAUUCAAGCCAUAACAGCACCUCUGUCACCAACUCUAAUUCCUGUGUGUGUGACAGUGCCAUAGGUUCUAGCAGUGACCUUGAAUCUCUUUCCCACCCUGCUUUAGAAGGGGCUGUAGGCGGCUACUACCCAGAGCCCAGUAAGAUUUGUCACAUUGAUCUUAGUAGUGAUUCUUUCCACGGGGACCUAGCAUUUCAACAUAUAUUCCAUAACCACACUUAUCACUUACAGUCAAGUGUACCAGAAGCCAUUUCUGAGUCUUUUUCAUGGCCUGGGAAGCCACAGAAAAUGAAAAGUAGGUACCUGAAUGACACAGACAGAAACUUAAGCCGUGAUGAACGCCGUGCUCAAGCUCUGCACAUCCCUUUUUCUGUAGAUGAAAUUGUCCACAUGCCUGUUGAUUCUUUCAACAGUAUGCUAAGCAGGUACUAUCUGACAGAUCUACAAGUGUCACUCAUCCGUGAUAUUAGACGAAGAGGGAAAAAUAAAGUUGCCGCUCAGAACUGUCGAAAACGCAAACUGGAUAUAAUUUUGAAUCUAGAAGACGAUGUAUGUAACUUGCAAGCUAAGAAGGAAACCCUUAAGAGCGAGCGAGCCCAGUGUAACAAAGCCAUUAACAUCAUGAAAAAGAAACUGCACAACCUUUAUCGUGAUAUUCUUAGCAGGUUAAGAGAUGAUGAAGGUCGGCCUGUCAAUCCAAACCAGUAUACUCUUCAAUGCAGCCAGGAUGGAAGUGUUUUGGUUGUGCCCAAGGAACUGAUGACCUCAAACUACAAAAAGGAAGCUCAAAAGGGAAAGAGAAAAAGUGAGACAAGAAAUUGA